AUGUCUCCACUUUUGAAAAGCAUCAUUGACAUUAUUGAAAUUUUCAACCAAUAUGCCUCACAUGACUGUGAUGGGGCAGUACUAAAGAAGAAAGACCUAAAGAUCCUCCUUGACAGGGAAUUUGGAGCUGUCCUUCAGAGACCACAUGACCCUGAGACGGUAGAUGUGAUGCUAGAACUUCUGGAUCGCGACUCUGAUGGUCUGGUCGGGUUCGAUGAAUUCUGCCUACUUAUUUUCAAGUUGGCUCAAGCGGCUUAUUAUGCACUUGGCCAGGCCUCGGGGUUAGAAGAGGAAAAGCGGUCCCACGGUGAGGGCAAGGGGCGCCUGUUACAAAAUCGCAGGCAAGAAGAUCAAAGGAGAUUCGAACUCCGGGACAGACAAUUCGAAGAUGAACCAGAGCGACGACGCUUGCAAAAGCAGGAACAAGAGAGGGAGCUCGCUGAGGAAGAGGAACAGAGGAAGAAACAAGAGCGAUUCGAGCAGCACUACAGUAGGCAGUACCGCGACGAGGAGCAGCGGCUCCAAAGGCAAGAACGAGAAGAGCGCCGCGCAGAGGAAGAGCAGCUGCGAAGGCGCAAGGGUCGCGACGCGGAGGAGUUCAUUGAGGAAGAGCAGCUGCGAAGGCGAGAGCAGCAGGAGCUGAAGAGGGAGCUCCGCGAGGAGGAGCAGCAAAGGCGAGAGCACCGAGAGCAGCGCGAGCAGAGACUAGAGCAGGAGGAGAGGCGCGAGCAGCAGCUGAGGCGCGAGCAGAGACUAGAGCAGGAGGAGAGGCGCGAGCAGCAGCUGAGGCGCGAGCUGGAGGAGAUACGCGAACGCGGGAAGAGACUUGAGCAGGAGGAGAGGCGUGAGCCGCAGCUGAGGCGCGAGCAGAGACUAGAGCAGGAGGAGAGGCGCGAGCAGCAGCUGAGGCGCGAGCUGGAGGAGAUACGCGAGCAGAGACUAGAGCAGGAGGAGAGGCGUGAGCCGCAGCUGAGGCGCGAGCAGAGACUAGAGCAGGAGGAGAGGCGCGAGCAGCAGCUGAGGCGCGAGCUGGAGGAGAUACGCGAGAAGAGACUUGAGCAGGAGGAGAGGCGCGAGCAGCUGCUGGCUGAGGAGGUGCGGGAACAGGCCCGGGAGCGAGGUGAGAGCCUCACCCGGAGGUUGCAGCGGCAGCUAGAGAGUGAGGCCGGCGCACGUCAGAGCAAAGUCUACUCCAGGCCCCGCAGGCAGGAAGAGCUGAGUCUCCGCCAGGACCAGGAGGAGAGGAGGCGGCGCCAGGAACGUGAACGGGAGCUGGAAGAGCAGGCCCGCCGGCAGCAGCAGAGGCAGGCAGAAGAAGAGAGCGAGAGGCGCCGCCAGAGGCUGUCGGCCAGGCCCUCGUUGCGCGAGAGGCAGCUGAGGGCGGAGGAGCGCCAGGAGCAGGAACAACGGUUCCGGGAGGAGGAGGAGCAGCGCCGCCAGCGGAGGCAGGAGCUGCAGUUCCUCGAGGAGGAACAGCUCCAGCGACGGGAGCGUGCCCAACAGCUCCAGGAAGAGGACAGCUUUCAGGAGGAUCGGGAGAGGAGGCGACGCCAACAGGAGCAGCGCCCUGGCCAAACAUGGAGGCUGCAACUCCAGGAAGAAGCCCAGAGACGCCGUCACACGCUGUACGCCAAACCGGGGCAGCAGGAGCAGCUGAGGGAGGAAGAGGAGCUGCGAAGGGAGAAGAGGCGCCAGGAGCGGGAGAGAGAAUAUCGGGAGGAAGAGAAACUGCAGAGAGAAGAAGACGAGAAGAGACAACGCCAGGAACGCGAGAGACAAUACCGGGAGUUAGAGGGGCUGCGGCAGGAAGAGCAGCUGCGUGACAGAAAGCUCCGCGAGGAGGAGCAGCUGCUUCAGGAAAGGGAGGAAGAGAGGCUGCGCCGCCAGGAACGCGCCAGGAAACUCCGGGAAGAGGAGCAGCUGCUGCGUCGGGAGGAGCAGGAGCUGCGUCAGGAACGUGACAGGAAACUCCGUGAGGAGGAGCAGCUCCUUCAGGAAAGUGAGGAAGAGAGGCUGCGCCGCCAGGAACGCGCCAGGAAACUCCGCGAGGAGGAGCAGCUGCUGAGACGCGAGGAGCAGCUGCUGCGUCAGGAGGAGCAGGAGCUCCGUCAGGAACGCGCCAGGAAACUCCGCGAGGAGGAGCAGCUGCUGAGACGCGAGGAGCAGCUGCUGCGUCAGGAGGAGCAGGAGCUCCGUCAGGAACGCGCCAGGAAACUCCGCGAGGAGGAGCAGCUGCUGAGACGCGAGGAGCAGCUGCUGCGCCGGGAGGAGCAGGAGCUCCGUCAGGAACGUGACAGGAAACUCCGUGAGGAGGAGCAGCUCCUUCAGGAAAGGGAGGAAGAGAGGCUGCGCCGUCAGGAACGCGCCAGGAAACUCCGUGAGGAGGAGCAAACGCUGCGCCGGGAGGAGCAGGAGCUCCGUCAGGAACGCGACAGGAAACAACGCGAGGAGGAGCAGCUCCUUCAGGAAAGUGAGGAAGAGAGGCUGCGCCGCCAGGAACGCGCCAGGAAACUCCGUGAGGAGGAGCAGCUGCUGCGCCAGGAGGAGCAGGAGCUCCGUCAGGAACGCGCCAGGAAACUCCGGGAAGAGGAGCAGCUGCUGCGCCGGGAGGAGCAGGAGCUCCGUCAGGAACGUGACAGGAAACAACGCGAGGAGGAGCAGCUCCUUCAGGAAGGUGAGGAAGAGAGGCUGCGCCGCCAGGAACGCGCCAGGAAACUCCGGGAAGAGGAGCAGCCGCUGAGACGCGAGGAGCAGCUGCUGCGCCGGGAGGAGCAGGAGCUCCGUCAGGAACGCGCCAGGAAACUCCGGGAAGAGGAGCAGCUCCUUCAGGAGAGGGAGGAAGAGAGGCUGCGCCGCCAGGAACGAGAGCAACAACUUCGUCGGGAGCGCGACAGAAAGUUCCGCGAGGAGGAGCAGCUCCUUCAGGAAAGUGAAGAAGAGAGGCUGCGCCGUCAGGAACGCGCCAGGAAACUCCGCGAGGAGGAGCAGCUGCUGAGACGCGAGGAGCAGCUGCUGCGUCGGGAGGAGCAGGAGCUCCGUCAGGAACGCGACAGGAAACUCCGCGAGGAGGAGCAGCUGCUUCAGGAGAGGGAGGAAGAGAGGCUGCGCCGCCAGGAACGCGCCAGGAAACUCCGUGAGGAGGAGCAGCUGCUGCGCCGGGAGGAGCAGGAGCUCCGUCAGGAACGCGACAGAAAGUUCCGCGAGGAAGAAAGGCAGCUUCGUCGCCAGGAACUCGAGGAACAGUUUCGUCAGGAGCGCGAUAGAAAAUUCCGCUUAGAGGAACAGAUCCGCCAGGAAAAGGAGGAAAAGCACCUGCGCCGUCAGGAGCGCGACAGGAAACUCCGUGAGGAGGAGCAGCAGCGACGCCGCCAGGAACGCGAGCAACAACUUCGUCGGGAGCGCGACAGAAAGUUCCGCGAGGAGGAGCAGCUCCUUCAGGAAAGGGAGGAAGAGAGGCUGCGCCGCCAGGAGCGCGCCAGGAAACUCCGCGAGGAGGAGCAGCUGCUGCGCCAGGAGGAGCAGGAGCUCCGUCAGGAGCGCGAUAGAAAGUUCCGUGAGGAGGAGCAGCUCCUUCAGGAAAGGGAGGAAGAGAGGCUGCGCCGCCAGGAGCGCGCCAGGAAACUCCGCGAGGAAGAAGAGCAACUGCUGUUUGAGGAGCAGGAAGAGCAGAGGCUCCGGCAGGAGCGAGACCGGCAGUACCGAGCAGAGGAGCAGUUUGGCAGAGAGAAGAGCCGUCGUCUGGAAAGAGAGCUGCGUCAAGAAGAAGAGCAGAGACGCCGCCGGGAGCGGGAGAGGAAAUCCCGGGAAGAGCAGCUCCGCCGCCAGCAGGAGGAGGAGCAGAGACGCCGCCAGCUGCGGGAGAGACAAUUCCGAGAAGAUCAGAGCCGUCGGCAAGUUCUGGAGCCCGGCACACGUCAGUUCGCUAGGGUCCCCGUGCGCUCCAGCCCUCUCUAUGAAUACAUCCAAGAGCAGAGAUCUCAGUACCGCCCCUAAGAGAUGUUGCCGGUGUCCUGACACCUGCCAAAGCCUCAAACGAAAGUGAGAAACACUGCGUACCAAAUGAUAACGCAAAUGUUUCUGGUUGCGGGAAAAUUCUCUGAUGUUAGAAUGUGUCUUUUCUUUCAAAAUCUUUACACUCAUUUCAUGUACUUUGUAUUUCUACCUUUUAUUCUUUGUCAAGUAGUUCUUUACUACAGUAUAUCUUCGCUCUUUGGUGCAGAUAUAGUGAGCAUUUUUUAAAAACAACAGUCCUUUAAUUUGUUUAAGGAGUUUUGUUUGAGGAACACGUUGAUUUAUUGCCUUAAAAGUGACAAGAAUAAUAGGACAAUUAGAUAUUGAAGAAUUGGCUCUACAUCAUUAACAAUUGAACCACCUUGUGGAGUAUUCAAAUAUUUAUAAUGUUCUAAUUGAUAUUUCGUCUUAGACCUAAAUUUAAUUCCUCUUUACUUCCAAAUAGCUUCAAAUCUUUUGUGGCAUAGUUAACACAGAUCCUUCCAGAUGACUGAGUUUUUACAAUCCUUGAAUAGUACAAGGGGAAGUGACUUCUGCAGUAAAACUCCCUGUUAAGUCCUUAACUGGAAGAAAUGCCACUUAAGAAUAAGGCUUAGCUUGGAGACUUAAAAUUUGGAAUAUGUUUUUUUACACAACUCCACUUGAACACAAACACUUAAUCUCUUGAAGCAAAAAUAAGAUGUUUCUCAAACAAUUUCAGAGCUCACAUAUUAAAAUUAUCUCCUGUAGUUUCUAGUGCUGUGUUCUGUUUCCCCUGAGUUUUGAUGGGUUUGGGAAUAUACCUUUGUGAACUUCGGCUUAGAGGGAACCUGACCAGGAUCCCAUCUUGCUCUAGCCAUGAGAUCACAGAACGUGUUGGGGGAUGGAAAUGGGGAAAAUGUGUAAACAGAGCAGCAAGUUUCUAGAUGCUCUUUAACAAGAUUCAUCAGCCUACAAUCCUUUGAGGCCUAUUGAUACUACCUUGGAGACAGUCUUGUUGAAAUAAUUGCACUGUGAGACAUCAAUAAUAAAUG